CUGUGUUCACGGGGCGUUUUUAUCAGCGCGUCUGACUGAGACACGGACAGAGGAUCAGUCAGGGCUCUGAUACGGUCACCGCACUUUAACUGGACACGAGCUUUGCUUUGAUAACCGCUUCCAAAGUAAUCUGGACAAACCCUCGGCCCGGUUUAGCUCUCCGAUGGAGCGGUGGAAAGGCAGAGUGGCGCUCGUGACCGGCGCGUCUGUCGGGAUCGGAGCAGCUGUCGCGCGCGCGCUCGUCCAGCAGGGCAUGAAGGUGGUCGGUUGCGCGCGCAGCGUCGAUAAAAUAGAGAAGCUGGCGGCUGAGUGUCAGAGCGCGGGCUACAGCGGCACCCUGAUCCCAUACAAAUGUGACCUGUGCAACGAGGAGGAGAUUCUCUCUAUGUUCUCUGCUAUUAAGACCCUGCUUCAGGGGGUGGACGUGUGCAUCAACAACGCUGGCCUGGCUCACAACGAGCCUCUGCUGAGUGGCCGCACUGAGGGGUGGAAGAACAUGCUUGAUGUAAACGUUCUCGCGCUGGCCAUCUGCACACGUGAAGCCUACCAGUCCAUGAGGGAGAGAAAUGUAGACGAUGGACACAUCAUCAACAUCAACAGUAUGGGAGGACACAGGAUGGUACCGAGUGCUGACGCGCAUUUCUACUGUGCCACCAAAUACGCAGUGACGGCACUUACUGAGGGGCUCAGACAGGAGCUGAGGGAGGCCAAGACACACAUCCGUGCCACGUGUAUAUCCCCUGGCAUAGUGGAGACAGAGUUUGCCUUUAGACACCACAACAGUGAUCCAGAGAAAGCUGCUUCUGUGUAUGAAAGUAUAAAGUGUUUGAAAGCUGAAGACAUAGCCAAUGCUGUCACCUACGUCCUCGGCGCCCCUCCACACGUUCAGAUCGGAGACGUGCAGCUGCGGCCGGUGGAGCAGGUGUCCUAGUGACGGAACGGAGACGCGCCGAAGGAGAGCGGAGAAGACUCAGAAGCAGUGUCUCUCUGGCAACAUCUGCUAGAAAAACUGUACAAAUAGAAUUGAAACACAGAAUUGAAAGGGAAUUAGGGGUUUGUGUGUGGUUUGAGGAAAACGUAGCAAAUCUGAAAAUACGAAGCUUGUGUGAGAGGGAACUGCUCCAUGAAGAAAGGAGAUAAAGAGAUAUUAUUGGUACUGUUCCAAUUAACACAAACACUGCUGCCUCAAAGUGAUGGGGAUUUUUUUUUUUAGUCGACGGAAACUGGGAAAAUGGAAACAGGGACCAUGUAAAGCUGAACAAUGGUCCCCACUUAUGACCACAGACCAGAAUGCAAUCGGUUGCACAUUUUUUCAUUUCUUUUUUUUUUUCUUUUCUUUUUUUUAAGGUUGUUUUACAUAUCUGUUUUGAAACAAGACAAAAACACUCACUCAGUGUUCAGAAAAAUAUGUGCAGGAAACACAGUUGCAGUUAUAAUGGAUUCAUUCAUCUCGUAUAAAGGCUUUUAAUACGUUGAUAUUGUGUUAGAAUAGUAGCUGUUCUAGAAGUUAUUUGAAUCCAUUCCGUGCUAAUGUAAUCUAUUCCCAAAUAAAAAGAAAGUAUAGUCUUUUUUUUUUUUCCAAAUAGACUUGACAAAAUUUCUCUUUUUCACCAGUAACUAUAAUCCAGUAGCGUUAAAUGUGAGUACAUUUUUCAGAAGCCGUAAUUAGAUUAUUAAAAUAAAAAUAUUUUAAUAAUUAAAAAUAAAAUAAAAAACUCAAAAAUACCCUUAAACCCUUAAAAAUAAAAACAGUUUGCUUUCCUCUCUGAAACCCGACUUCCAUCUGCUUUUAUCUACAGAGUUCACCCUCAUAUCCCAAUACUAUCCAGUGAUAAGCUGCUGAAGUAUAAGAUAUUAUUGGUUUUAUAAGCCUUUAUACGACCCCCCCCCCCACACACACACACACACACACACACACACUGCAUUAUAAUUGUUCUGUGUUAGCACAUUAAUUACUGUAUUUUUUAUUUUUUUUUGGAAGUAUUCUAACUUUAGAUUGUAUGUAGAUGUGUUUCUCAUAAUGUGUAACUUUCUGUAAAUUUGUUCAUUUACAACCAAUCAGGAGUCCUCUGAAGUACCUCUGAAUUUAGUGCAGAGCCUGAGCUGAUGCGUUGCAGACGAACAAACGAUGAUGUGCUCAUAUUAUUUUUUAAAGCCUGCAGCCAGUGCAUGAUUUUUAUCCAACCCGAGGUUAUGCUCUUGAUGAAUAUCUUGAUGUCAUGAUGUAGAAUUGUUUUUUGCACUUUGGACUUUAGAGAGAAAGCAUAAAAAAAAAAAAAACUACACUGACACCUUUCCUAGAGACAUGUGACUAACUUUUAUGUGUUAAAGAAGCUCCACCUUUAAAACAACUGUUCAUGUGUACAGAUAAGAUAUUCCCGUGAACAACAUAAACCUUUAAAAAAAAAAGAUUAUUAGUGCUGUGAA